AAACACUGUUUGAGCCGGUUUUAUGAUUGACUUAUUAAGUGUUAAGUUAAGUAAUUCAAUUCUGUGCUAUUUUGUAUCAGUGUUUCAGUUUAAUGCGAUGUGGCUCUUGAAAAUGAUCAGUGUGAUGCUGGUGAUUACUCUCACGUUGCUAGGGCUGACAGCCAAAGUACAGCCUGCAACUGUGAGAGCAGGAGAGAGGGUGACACUAACGUGUGUCACAACCUGUACACCAAGUGACCAUCCCACUAUUGUUUGGUCCAGGGAUGGACACUCAGUAUCCAACACAGAGUUCCUGGCCAGCAGUGAGGAUUCUGGCAGAUACCGAUGUGCUGUUCAAGGUCAAGAGAAUCUCAACUCUGCUCCAACGUCUCUUGAUGUCAAAUAUGCCCCAAGGAACACCUUGGUGUCAAUAAGUCCCUCUGGUCCAGUGGUAGAGGGAAGCUCUGUGAACCUGACCUGCAGCAGUCAUGCCAACCCAGCAGUGGAGAACUACACCUGGUUUAAGAAGGAUGGAACAGACACCUCACAGACAGGCUCAGGAGAGGUGUUGAGAUUGACCUCUCUAACCUCCUCUGACAGUGGACAGUACUUCUGUGAGGCCAGGAACAAAGAAGGGGCUCACAACUCUACUGUUCUGUCUCUGAUCCUGCAGGAUACAAAUACUGUUCAAAUGCCAGUUUACAUCAGUUCCGCGGCCACAGUUUUCAUGGUGAUCAUACUUCUUGUGUUCCUAUGGAUGUGGAAGAGCCCAUUCAAAUUAUGUCAAAAGACUGCUGUGGACAAAAAGGAUGAUCAAAACCCAGUCUUAUUCAGUAGAAGGACCAGUAAUGACCCAGCAACACAGGAAGCUAGAACGGAGGAACGGGAAAAUGCCCUCUAUGCCAACAUUCAACUGCCUCCCUCUCACACCCACCCCCAAGACAGUUCUCUGUACUCUGUGGUCGAGCCACCAGCUCUGCAGAACCCUCCUGACCCUCAUUACGCUACCUUUGACUUCCAGCAGUUCUGCAGCUCCAUUGACAGGGCCCAACUCUCAGGACUCCAUGAGGAUGAUGUGGUUUACUCCAAGAUGAAAACCAAACAGGCCAAGGUGACAGACAACCUACAGUAUGCCAACAUCCAGUUUCCCCUCCCCAGUCCUACUGCCAGGUCAGAAGAAAGAUUAGAGGUGGACCAUUCUGUUAUCUACUCCACUGUUGCCAAACCUGAAGCCUGAACAUAUCAUUUCAUAAUGUUGAAUAAACUAAGCAGCUUUGGAACACAUGUUAAGAUAUGUAAAGUAUGCAAUUAAUGGGUAGUUAUAGCAAUAGAUGUAUAUGUAUUGUACUGUACUUGUACUGCAUGUGUCUCGGUGAGCUUCCAUUGCUUGUGAUUGAUUGAUCCUGAAAUUUCAUUGGCUGACUGUUUAAUUUUUAGUUUGAGGUGUGACCGCCCAGGGGAAGGUGCAAGUAAGAGGGAAGUGGCCAUGUGGCUGGUUUAGUUUGUAACUGUCUGACAAAGUUUGAGAAAAUAUUGUUGAUUUAUCUUGAAUUUAAGUUUUGUAAGAUCUUCCCUUGACCUAACCAGAUCUUGUAUUUUUGGUUGUUUAGUUAGUUUGUUUUAUUAAAUAUGUACUGUUAUUUUAUUUUGCCACUCAACCCCAACUUGAAGAACCUGUGUAUAAUAUGUGAUGGGCAGAGCUACCGAGUACAUGCUACAGAUAAACUCAGCAAAAAAAGAAACGUCCUCCCACUGUCAACAGCGUUUAUUUUCAGCAAACUUAACAUGUGCAAAUAUUUGUAUGAACAUAACAAGA